CGCAUACGCGCACACAGCAGCAACGUCUACAAUUUUUUUUCAAGUGUGUUCGACAUUCAUAAUUUUUUGUGGUGGAGCUAGCUGCCAGAAACAAAAAGAAAUAUUAACCAAAUUGACGGAAAAGGCCGUCUAAAUCGUCCAAUCUUAUUGUUGGCAAGAAAACGUAUCUCGAGAACCCUGUGAGUGUGCAACUUUUGUUCAACCCCCGUUCUUUUUUUUCUUGUUUCUCUUGCAAAUCCCACCAUUAUAGAGAAAAAUCAUAGUUUUUCUCUCUAAAACAACGAAAUUCAGUGUCAAAGUGCAAAAAAACGUGGACAACGUGUUAGAGGUGGCGGCAAGCAAAGUAAACGCGCAUUUUACGCAAAAAUUUGCUAAAUAAAGUUGAUAAAAACCGACAGCGGCUUAACAAAUCUGCCUAAAGAACACACACACACACACACACAGAGGAGCAUUUCUUCAAGGAAGGUGAGUAUCAGAGACGCAGCCUAGCAGAAGGAAGCCACCUAGAAGAAGCUGGAAAAAGUUGAAGGAAAGCAGAAGAGAAAAUGUCGAGUCUGCCACGCCGUAUAAUCAAGGAGACACAGCGCUUGAUGCAGGAGCCGGUGCCUGGGAUUAAUGCCAUUCCCGACGAGAACAAUGCUCGCUAUUUCCAUGUGAUCGUCACCGGACCCAAUGACUCUCCCUUCGAGGGUGGCGUCUUCAAGCUGGAACUCUUUCUGCCCGAGGACUAUCCGAUGUCGGCACCAAAGGUGCGCUUCAUAACGAAAAUCUAUCAUCCCAAUAUCGAUCGCUUGGGUCGCAUCUGCUUGGAUGUGCUCAAGGACAAGUGGAGUCCAGCGCUGCAGAUUCGCACGAUCCUGCUCUCGAUUCAGGCUCUGCUCAGUGCACCCAAUCCCGAUGAUCCCCUGGCGAACGAUGUGGCCGAACUCUGGAAGGUCAAUGAGGCGGAGGCCAUCCGCAAUGCCCGCGAGUGGACCCAGAAGUAUGCUGUCGAAGACUGAAUCCGUGUCAUCGCCGGCGCCUUAUCAUAGGCAACGUCAACGUGUGCCAGGAAUGGAAAGUUGUUUUUUUUAUAUUUAUUUCAUCGCUUCAUCGAUUAUUCUGUGGAUAUAUCGAUUUGAAUGUUUCUUUGAGCAUCGAUUUGACAGCUUAACUUGAUCAAGUUUUCUAUUUCAGUUAUAAUUUAUUAGGUCUGAGUGUAGGUGUUAAAUUAUUUUGAACUUCUUUUUUAUGAUGAAAUUAGAUUGAAAUAAAAUGCAUGUAUUUAACAUCGACAAAUUUACUUAAUUUAAAUUUCGUUCCAUUCGAUCAAUUAUUGUUUGACACUUGAGCUUUGCCUGGGUUGUGUCUGAGUCCCCCUUGAUAAGCUGAUGAUUUUUUAACCAAACAAGAAGCCUUUAAGCUAUUAGUAAUUUUUGAAAAAAAAAACCAACAACAAAAUCACAAAAAAAUCGAUAAAAAUUCAUAAAUAAAUACAUACAAUAUAUAUUUAUACAAAAAAAAAAAAAGAAAACAAAAAACUAACGUAGUGGCUUGAAUUUGUGAACGUUUCAAGAGCAGUUCUCAAUGAAAAAAUUAUGUACAGUAAAUAAAACAUUUUUUCCACC